AUGGAUAUUGGGUGCUCGAUAGAUGAGGUAAUUAAAAGAAGUGAAGCAAAGUCAGAGGCAAGAAAACAGAAAAAUAAAGAGAAGAGAAAGACAGAAAAGGAAAGACUUGCAGAGUCAGAGGAAAGGGAGAACAGUCAGUUAGAGAAUGCACAUUCAGAGGCGCCAAAAAAAGAGAAGCUAAAAAGAGCAGACAGAGUAAUUAUUCUGGACAGAGCAGCAGCAGCUUCCAGGGAUGAUGUUCCAAAAAUAGAAGAAAAGGAACUGAAGGAAGUGCUUAAAAUUGUAGUUAAAAUUAUGAACACCAUUCCAUACGAGCCAAUAAGAAUUACUAAAUUCCAAGAAGAUGGAGACCCACAUAUUAAUGCAGUGGGUGAGAACCACUUACGAAAAAGAGACAGAUCCGCACCAGUGGUGUUUAAUAAGGGAAAGAGAAUCACAGCCCCACAAACUAACAAGAGACAAAGAAAACAAUAAAUUAAUAGAUGCCCUAAAAUCCUUCAUGAAUACUUCCUUCAUACCAGAAAUACUCCUGAUAAAGUGCCAAUUUCUACAAUAAUUCCAUGUACUUAUCACUAUUAUAAAAUAAACUCCAGG